AUGUCGAAUCUUACCAAGCUUGAAUUUGUUACCUUUGAUAUUUCGGGCAAAAACUACCUAUCAUGGAUCCUUGACGCCGAGAUUCAUCUUAAUGCUGUGAAUCUUGGGCAUACAAUUAAAGCAGAUAAUGAAGCGUCCCUGCAUGACCGUGCAAAAGCAAUGAUUUUUCUUCACCAUUAUUUGCAUGAGGAAUUAAAAACUGAGUACCUAACACAACAGUAUCGAGAGCGUCGAUUUACCAAAUACUCUGAGCUGAUUUCUUGCUUACUAGUAGCUGAACAAAAUAAUGAGUUUUUGUUGAAAAAUCACCAGUCCCGUCCGACCGGAGUAACACCAUUCCCAGAAACGAAUGCAUCCUCAUCUCACGGUCGUAGACGUGGUCGUGGUCGUGGUCGUGGUCGUGGUCUUGGCCGUGAUCAUUAG